AUGUCUGCAGUCACCAAUUUGAACGAGUUCCCACUUCACGAAAUAUCCACAAACAUGAGCACCAUCAAAUUGUGCCUUCUGAUAGUGGGGCUGAUCAAGUUCUCGCUGGUGCAAAUCCUCCUCCACAGGAGAAGGAUCUCCCUCUUCUUUCGAUCAUCGGAACCCCGCGAUCAUCGCGAUACGAAGAAAACUGCUGCUGCUGAUGAUGAUGAUGAGAGCGUGUGUGGAGGAGAAGACGUGGAGAUGAUCAUGACAAGGUUGGGAUUUUCUGGGCAAGAGAAGCUCCCUGCGAAGAUGGGCGCGGGCGAGAUAUUCCAGAUUUUUGAGGAGAGAGAGCCGAGUUUGGGUGAAGUGAGAGAAGCUUUCGACGUGUUUGAUGAGAAGAGAGAUGGGUUUAUAGAUGAGAAGGAGCUGCAAAAGGUUAUGUGUGCUCUGGGAUUCAAGGAAGGAAUGGAGAUGGAGAAUUGCAGGAGAAUGAUUGAGGCGGUUGAUCAAGAUGGAGAUGGAAGGAUUGGUUUCCAUGAGUUUCUCAAAUUCAUGGAAAAUACCUUUGCUUAG